AUGAUCGUUCAAAUUUCAAUUCUUCUAUUGGCUACAAUUGGAGUCGUCAGUUCCCAGACAUGCAAAUUCUCAAAGAAUGCUGUGAAGGCGAACUGGAAGAUUCAGAAUGGUGCACUGCAAAUCCAAUAUCAGAAUAAUCGAAUCACUAAUAAUCAAUGGACAGCCAUCGGAUUCGGACCUGGAAUGUCCAACCUAAACGUGAUCGUCUUCAUGGUUCAAAAUGGACAAGUCACCACUCGCACCGGUAGAGCAACUGGAUACGGUCCACCAACUUUCGAUAACCAGAAUAAUGUGAAUGUUCAAAUGGCGAAUCACUCUGGAUCAACACUCAAUGCUCUCGUCUCUGUCCCAUUGAAUUUCAACGGAAUGAAUGUUCAGAAUUGUCAGACUUGGAAUUUUGUCCAAAGCGGACCAAUCAACAAUGGACAAAUGGGAGUUCAUACUUCGAGACCAGAUCAAGUCAAUAAUGUUUGUGCUUCACAGUGCAGAUAA